AGUAUAAAAAAAGGUUUGCACUGAGCGUGUCUAAGCACAAAUCUACAUAUCGUGUAUAUAUACAUAUGAAUGAAUCGACCCCAACACGUUUUCAGCCUCCACCCGAGGCACCGCGCGAAUUUAAGCCCACUGACCUCGAUGUUAUGUACAAUGAUGCUACUAAAGAUGACGACAUUCGCGAAACACGAAGUGUGUUGAUGCAUUUGCUUUCACAAGUGACCAUCGGCAUGGACUUAACUAAGGUGACGUUGCCUACGCACAUUCUCGAACGACGAUCCCUUCUCGAGUUCUACGCCAGUUUCUUCACACACGCGGACCUAUUUAUUAAUAUUGCCAGCUAUGGGACUCCGUGCGACAGGAUGGUGGCCUUAGUUCGAUGGUACAUGUCGGCAUAUCACGUCAGUCUCAAGCCGAAACGCCCAAAGAAACCCUACAACCCUGUACUUGGGGAGGUGUUCAAGUGCUACUACGAAAUCAGCGAUAACGACCCAACGUCCUCAUCUACGGCGGACGGCCGCAUGCCUUCACGCGAGACAAUCCGCUCCGAUCUGAGGUUCAUAGCGGAGCAGGUCUCGCAUCAACCGCCCAUAAGCGCCUUUUAUGCGGAGUGUCCAGCGAUGAACAUCACUUGUACAGCCCAUAUCCAUACGAAGACCCAGUUUCGAGGGACACACGUCACAGUCCAACUGGUAGGCAAAGGAAGAAUCAUACUGCACUCGCACAACGAAGAAUACGAGUGUACCUUCCCGACUGUCUAUAUAAGGUCAAUCUUCUCGACACCCUGGAUGGAAUUUGGGGACAGUAUAAAUAUUGCAUGUCGACAUACUGAAAUGAGCUGCGAAAUUAAGUUUAUCACCAAGGGUGUAUUUGGCGGUGACGCCAACACCAUAAAGGGAUAUAUCAAAAAUAAGGGUGACACAAUUGCUAAGUUAACAGGAAACUGGACCGAUGUUGUUUUUAUUUCACAAAUAGUCAAGGAUAGAAAGACAAAGUCCGGAUACGGCGAUAAUAAGGUGCUUUUUAAUGUUGCGACCGCAACGCACAACAGAAUGCAUGUACGUUCGGUCGAACAACAGGAGCCAUUUGAAUCGCGCAGGAUCUGGGCUAAUGUAACGUAUCACUUGUUUUACGAGAAUCUUGAGUUGGCCACGAUGUAUAAAAACAAAGUCGAAGAAGCACAACGUCAAGAGAGGUAUAACCGUGAACGAUUGAGUGUAACGUGGAAACCUCGGGAAUUUGUGUCUGAGAGUGGUGGCUGGGUGUACAAAAAUCGAUAUAAGCCCCGAUGAAGUUCUGCUUGAUAGGUAAACAAAUGGCACUUCACGAUGAUGCGACCUGGAAUUUUCUAUAAGCAUGUUUUAAUAAAUAACAUGCAAUUUGCA